AAGAUCUUCAUCCGCCUCGAGUAAUAAGCCAUAUCAAACAACAAGCAGCAGCAAAAGAAGAAGAAGAAGAAGAGGCAAAGAUGAAGACGGCCUUUUGACCGACUAAACGACUUGUUUGCUGACUAACUCGUAGGAAAAGAGACAUAAAACUGCACAAAGUCGAUUCUUCACUUCUUCCACUCUCCAUCACCGCAUCUGCUGCUUCACCACCGUCUGUCUCCAUCAUAAACAGCUUGUAGAUACCAUGUCUUCCUCAAUUGAAGGUCGUAAAGUGCUUCUGUAUGUCUUCCUGCGGCCUCCUCCCUGCUACCCCUCCGUUAUCGGUAGCUAGCUUGACUGACUCACGAUAACAGGCUUGGAAGCGGCUUCGGUUAGUCGAGUGGCCUCAAUAACAACGACAAGAAGAGCGUCUGGACGGACGAAUUGGCUGAUAUUCUUACCUCUGUUGACAGUCACCAAGCCUACCAUUGACGAGCUGAGCAAGGCCGGUGUCCUCCUGACUGUUGGUGGGUGAUAUCUCCCCGCCGUGCCUCUAUCAAAUACGACUGUAUACAUGACUCGAGACCACCAGCUAACGACGAGAUGAACAGCCUGCCGUACCCUCGAGAGCGCUCAGCAGCUCUGCAAAGGCAUCAAGAACACCAACGCCAUCUCCCUGGACGUCAAUGACUCUGCUGCCCUGGACGCUGAGCUGGCCAAGGUCGAGCUCGUCAUCUCCCUCAUCCCAUACAUCCAUCACGCUACCGUCAUCAAGGGAGCUAUCCGCACCAAGAAGAAUGUAGUCACUACCUCUUACGUCUCGCCAGCCAUGAUGGAGCUGCAGGAGGAUGCUAAGAAGGCCGGCAUCACAGUCAUGAACGAGAUCGGUCUUGAUCCCGGAAUUGAUCAUUUGUAUGCCGUCAAGACCAUCUCAGAGGUUCAUGAAGCCGGUGGCAAGGUCACAUCCUUCCUGUCCUACUGUGGUGGUCUGCCUGCCCCAGAAUGCUCCGACAACCCACUAGGCUACAAAUUCUCCUGGUCCAGCAGAGGCAUGCUUCUCGCCCUCCGCAAUGACGCAAAGUACUAUGAAGACGGCAAGGUCGUCUCCAUCCCUGGCCCCGAGCUCAUGGGCACCGCAAAGCCAUACUUCAUCUACCCGGGUUUCGCCUUCGUUGCCUACGCCAACCGCGACUCAACCCCUUACAAGGAACGCUACCAGAUGCCCGAAGCCCAGACCAUCGUCCGUGGCACUCUUCGCUUCCAGGGCUUCCCGCAGAUGAUCCGCACCCUGGUUGAUCUAGGUUUCCUCAAGGAGGACGAGAAGGAGUUCAUGAAAACGCCUAUUCCAUGGAAGGAGGCCAUGAAGCAGCUUCUCGGUGCCACUUCGUCGGACGAGAAGGAUCUGCAGUGGGCCAUCUCCUCCAAGACCAAGUUCGCUGACAACGAGAAGAAGGACCGUAUCAUGGCUGCGCUGCGAUGGAUUGGUGUUUUCUCCGAUGAGAAGAUCACGCCCCGCAACAACCCUCUUGAUACUCUUUGUGCUACCCUCGAGCAGAAGAUGCAGUACGGUCCCGGCGAGAGGGAUAUGGUCAUGUUGCAGCAUCGAUUCGAGAUCGAGAACAAGGAUGGUUCCAAGGAGACUCGUACCAGCACCUUGUGCGACUAUGGUGAUCCAAACGGUUACUCGGCCAUGGCUAAGCUCGUUGGUAUCCCUUGUGCCGUUGCUGUCAGACAGGUUCUUGACGGCACUCUUAGCGAGAAAGGUAUCCUUGCUCCCAUGAACAUGAAGAUCUGUGGGCCCUUGAUCAAGGCUUUGAAGGAGGAGUACGGUAUCGAGAUGAUCGAGAAGACUCUCUAAGUCAAUCUCUCAUCCACCUUACUUAAUGACUACGGCAUUUUUUGGUGAUUUUCUUAAUGGAAAAGAGCAAAUUUAUACGGCAUGGAAACGGAAAUGGUUUGGGAAGUUCCUAACUAAAAGUACAUUCGAUUGCUCCAUAUGCUCAUAACUUACGGAGAUACAUGCAUGCUAUCCUAAACUCCAUCGAUAAUAGAAGAUCAAUCAUGAUACUUCCAUAUCACUUUCUCUGUAAACUCCCCUGGGCCCAUGGGGUCUCUCUCAAUCAAAUGUCUCUCUCCUCCAUGGGCCAUCAACCUCAAAUCGAGUCUUGGGUUUAUUCCCACCCACCCGCCAACCCAAGACUCUCC